AUGACUGCCGGUGAUGAGGUCCGAUCGAAAUACUUCUCGGGACCUGAACGACCCGCUCCAUCGCAUUUGUCACUUCCCGACGAAACUCGAAAGAUUCUAGCAGAGUUUGAUUUGCCUUCGGACUUCUUGGCAUCAGACUCAUCCUUGAGCGAUGCUCCAAGUGACCUCGACUUGAAAGAGUUCGAUUCUGAUUUGCCUACACCCCAGUUAUCGCCCACCAAGAGCCCCCAUUUCCCGACCCGACACACGACUCCUGUGCUCUCAACUCCCGUCAAACCGACUUCUUUGCUCAAACCAGAAAUCCCCACACCAUCUCGAAUCAAGCCCCUCAAAGUGUCUCCGUACUUCCCUCCCGCCCUGGGUGAUCCCGAGUCCUGUCUCCCGUUUCCACCAAUUGAUGCACCAUCUUUCGGACUCGUCCAGGAACAGCUGGCCCACGAUCCCUUCCGACUUCUGAUUGCCACUAUCUUCUUGAACCGAACCCGUGGCGGAGUUGCUCUACCCGUGUUGUUUAAAGUGUUCCAAAGAUACCCGACUAUCGAAGCCAUGGCUACAGCCGACCUGUCAGAAUUCGUGUCUAUGAUCCAUUGUCUGGGAUUCCAGAACCAGCGAGCAAAAAAGUGCAUCACACUCGCACAGACCUGGCUCGCAGCACCACCAACCAAAAACAAACGAUACCGCAAAUUGCACUACCCACAAAAGCUCGACGGCCGAGAUGUGAGCCGCCACGAAUGUAUUGACGACGCGGACCCGCGCGUAGCAUGGGAGAUUGCUCAUCUACCCGGAGUCGGUGCUUACUCUUUGGACAGCUGGCGCAUCUUCUGUCGUGACGAGCUUCGCGGACUUGCCUCUGACUGGAAAGGCACGGGGACAUUAACGCCUGGCUUUGUCCCCGAGUGGAAAUCGGUGCUGCCGCAGGAUAAGGAGCUACGGGCAUAUCUCACCUGGAUGUGGCUCAAGGAGGGCUGGCUGUGGGAUCGGCAUUCGGGUGAUUUGACUGCUGCCAGUGACAAGAUGCUGCGAGCUGCGCACCGGGGCGGAGUCGCCCAUGAAGAGGAUGGGAAUUGGGUGUUGGAGACGUCUCCUGUCAAGGCGGCGAAUGGAUUGCAUGGAAUGUAA